AUGACUUCUUUGAAAAAUGCUGUGGCUGGGGAUUUGUGUUUCCUCACAAACAACAAGAUGUUCAGAGAAUAUCUUCUAGUGCAUUUUGCUUAUGCCAACGCCGUUAGAAAUCUCACUCUACCAUUUAUUGGGCAUCGCACUAUUGCCUUUGCUCAACAAUGCCUAGAGAGCAUAGAAACGAUGUUGGGAACAUCGAGUCACAACUGUAACGAUGGAGUUGCUCAAAUCUUCAACAUGUUCGUAGCCAAUCUCUCUUCGAACAAAUCGUUCUCCACGUUGCUGAUUACCAACAGCAUUUGUAUCGCGGAAAAGUCGGCGAAUCUUGACGAUGUGCAAAACAUCCGGCUGAUCACGAAAGAAGAACUUGACGUUGUUUAUGACAGCUUAACUGCCUCUCUCAUCAGAAGAGGGUAUAUCAAUGCUACCAAAGAUCGACAAGUCGUUUACAGUAGUCCUUUCUACCUCAGCAACUUUUCCACAAUCUGUAGGUCGGAAAUACCAUUUGUUCCAUUGCUUCGCUCGGCUCCAUUUCGAAGGGCGAAGCAUCUUUACAUUGCACUUGAUGAUAUGGUGGGCAUCUCCAUUUGCGCUACGAUCAGCGUUGCCGUGUUUGGUUCGAUCAUUUACCAGUAUGUAAAACGGCAGCAUAAGAAACAACUGGACAUACUCGCCGAGAUGAUGCUCCAGCCGAGGCUAUACAAAGCUGCGCAAGAGUGUCCAAAAGUGGCGCGACUGCCGUGGGAAAUAAAAUCUGACAGGGUUCAUAUUGACAAGGAGUUCAUGUUGGGAGAAGGCACAAUAUCAAAUGUGUAUUUGGGCAAAUUGAAAGGAAAGUCUCCUAUACUUCAGUGGAUUGGGCGUGUAGAAAUGAAGCAAUAUCAAGAUUGCCCUAUUGCCGUUAGGGUCCCGCGACAUUUCGACGAACCAGAAGAGGAUCAGCUGUUCAGGGAAAUCUCAUCGAUGAGAAGACUGCGGCAUCAUGACCAUAUCGCUUUGUUCUUGGGUAUGCAUUGA